CUUUCUUCGUGCGUUCCUUCGUUUCCGUCAGCCGCGCAAAGUCUGUUUCUGCGUUUUCUCCGCUCGCCUGAAGAAAGGACGCAUGCGUGAAACGGCUGGGGCCUGCCGGGCGGGGGCGGGACGGGCUGGAAUUGUUGUGAACCUGCUGGGAACACGUGAAGAGAGCAACGUCAUCAUAAACACUCGUAGCUAAUAUGGCGGCUCCUGCGAGCGGAAAGGUGGUAUAUGAACAAGAAGGGGUUUUCAUUCACUCUUCCAAUGGAAAUGAUGAUCAGGAUUCUCUGUUAUCUGGGAUACUAAGGGUGAUAGAAAAGGUAUCCAAUCAAAAUGAUACUGAAGUGGUUGUAGAUUGGAGACCACUGGAUGAUUCCUUAGACUCUUCUAAUAUACUCUAUGCUAGGAAGGAUUCUAGUUCAGUUGUUGAGUGGUCCCAGACUCCUAAAGAGAAAACUCUACGGGGGCCGGAACAUAUGAACAGUUAUGAGGCUGAAUGGGAUAUGGUCAACACAGUGUCUUUUACAAGGAAGCCACAUUCAAAUGGAGAUGCUGCUGUUCGUACAAAUGGAGAGAGCAAAUGGUCCUUCAUUUUUAAUUUAACUGAUUUAAAGUCCAUUAAGCAAAACAAAGAGGGAAUGGGAUGGUCCUAUUUGGUAUUCUGUUUAAAGGAUGAUGUUGUCCUCCCAGCUCUUCAUUUUCACCAUGGAGAUAGCAGUUCGUUGAUUCUGUCACUUAAAAAGUAUUUGGUGCUCUGUGAAUCUCCCCAGGAUAAAAGGAUUCUUAUGAACUGCCAGAGUGUUCCACAGUCCUUUGAAAAUCUCCUUGAUGAACCAGCAUAUGGUCUAAUACAGAAACUGAAGAAGGAUCCUUACACAGCAACAAUGGGAGGAUUCUCCAAAGUGACCCAUUAUAUUUUUGAUAGCUUACGGGGAAGUUACUCAACAUCUCAGCAGAGGCCUCCAUCAGAAAUGGCAGACUUCAUUAGUGAUGCUAUUCCAGGGCUAAAAAUAAAUCAACAGGAAGAACCAGGGUUUGAAGUAAUUACACGAAUUGAUUUAGGAAAACGACCUGAAAUUCAUAGAAGGCAGCCAUUGUCAGUUGAAGAAUGGACUAAGAAUGUGGAUUCUGAAGGAAGAAUAGUAGAUGUUGAAAACAUGAAGCAAAUGAUAUUCAGAGGGGGACUUUGUCAUGCUUUGAGAAAGGAAGCAUGGAAAUUUCUUCUGGGCUACUAUCCCUGGCAUAGUACUAGGGAGGAGAGAAUGCUCAUACAGAAACAGAAAAUAGAUGAAUAUUUUAGGAUGAAGCUUCAAUGGAAAUCUGUCAGUGAAGAACAGGAAAAAAGAAAUUAUAGACUGAGGGAUUACAGAAGUCUUAUAGAAAAAGAUGUAAACAGAACAGACAGAACAAAUAAGUUUUAUGAAGGUCAGGAUAAUCCUGGGUUGAUUCUGCUUCAUGACAUUUUGAUGACUUAUUGUAUGUAUGACUUUGACUUGGGCUAUGUUCAGGGCAUGAGUGACUUACUUUCCCCUAUUUUAUAUGUGAUGGAGAAUGAAGUGGAUGCUUUUUGGUGCUUUGCCUUGUACAUGGAUCAAAUGCAUCAGAAUUUUGAAGAGCAAAUGCAGGGUAUGAAGACACAACUAAUUCAACUGAGUACUUUACUUCGCUUGUUAGAUAGUGGAUUUUGCAGUUACUUGGAAUCACAAGAUUCAGGGUACCUUUACUUUUGCUUCCGAUGGCUUCUAAUAAGAUUUAAGAGAGAAUUUAAUUUCCAAGAUAUUCUUCGCUUGUGGGAGGUGAUAUGGACGGACUUGCCUUGUCAGAACUUCCAUCUUCUUAUCUGUUGUGCUAUCCUGGAAUCUGAAAAGCAGCAAAUAAUGGAGAAACAUUAUGGCUUUAAUGAAAUACUAAAGCACAUCAAUGAACUUUCUAUGAAAAUGGAUGUGGAAGAUGUACUUUGCAAAGCAGAAGCCAUUUCUAUCCAAAUGAUGAAUUGCAAGGAGCUGCCUCAAGCAGUCUGUGAGGUCUUGGGAUUAGAAGACAGUGCAUUAUCAACACCAGAUUCGGACAACGGAGAGGAUGAGACUGCCAUUGGGAUCAGUUGUCCUCUAUCAGCAUAUCCAGAGACCUCUAUGCCUGUUGCGACUGUCAAUGGAACAAGCAAGAGUAUGGAACAAGUGAUCCACACAGUGCCGGCCAACUGACACACAUACAACUGAUUGGUCGUAUUUUUGAAAAGACACUUUAUUACAGCUGUUUUGUUUCUUUCAAGCACUUGAAGUGAAUAUUUUUAAAAACUGUGUUGAUUUAAGCUUUAAGGUUUUGGAAGAAGAGAUCAUGUACUGUAAUACUCUUGCAUCAAAGCUUUACAACAUGACCUAAUUAUUUUUGUAGUUACUUCUACCAAAAUAGCCUUUUUGUUUUUCAGUAACAUUCCUUAACACUUUUGUAGCCCAAGUGCAUUUUUAUUUCUUUUCAUGGAAAUGGGAAUUGGAUGAAUGUGAAUUACAUGGAAAUAAAUGCACCCUUCUAUUGCUUUUUCUUUGGCAAGUCUUGAGCACUGAUGGGUCUGGGAUAUUGUAAGAGUUAAACUCUUUUUAAAAAAAUAUUUCCAAAACCAAAAAAAAAACCACUAACUGCAUAAAACAGUGUUUUAUGAAAGAAAGGAGUGUGUUCCUUCUCAAAUGUUUACCGAAAACAAACAAACAAAAAACCCAAACCCCUUUUGAAGAAUUUGUGGUUGAAUGCAGUUUUGUAGUGAAAUUUUUCAUUUGUGCAGCUUUCUCAUCCUGAAUUUUUUGUAAUCCAGGUGUGGCUGAACAGUCCAUUUUUACAUUUUAACAUCUAUUCACUUAUACAUAUGUAUGUAUAAAUAAGAUACAUAUUCAUACUUGGGAGUAUUAAAUGAUAAAUCUAUUUUUGUGUAAA